AUGAAGGUUGACAUUUUGAAAGAAAUCCAAGAGUUGAGUGCUAAUUACUCUUCUCUUCAUUCGAAAAUUGAUACCAUUGUUGGGGUUGUUAUGAAAGUUGUGGAAUACUAUCAGUCAUUAAUUUCUAAGGAUAAAGCAAAGGCGAGUGAAGAUGUUCUGAAUUUCGAAAAGAUAGGAGUGUUACUUGGAGAAUUGAGGGAAAUUGUGUCAAAGCCUACUACAACUUCUGAUUUAACUCCCGAGUUUUUAACUCAGAAAUUCAAUUCCCUUGAAGUAGAAAUAAUGAAAGUAGUCGCACCUCUAUCAAAAUUUGAAAAUCUGUUACCAACUAGUGCCCCACCUGUUGUCACAGGGGUGCAAGGGGGAGAAAAGGAGUUAGUUUCUUGUGGGUUCGAGUCCCACAGAUGGUGCCAAAUGUUGCGAUAUGAGCUUGGGUCACCGGGUCUUGAGGUCUCGAAUCUAGAUCGGAGAUCUGGAAAUGGUAGCGUUAGUGAGUUACCUAUGAUAUACCUAGCUGCCAUCACAACAAAGUCGUUAGAGUUUCCCCAGGGACUAUGCCCCAAGAGCAAGCUCCUAUGA